UUGUAAAACUUCCACCAUGUUAAUGUUGCCUAUAAAAGCCCUUGGAACUAUCAACUUAUAUGCAAUCAUUUGUGCAAGAAAAGGAAAGAAGGCAACAAAAUGAAUUCCUUCAAGGGUUCUAAUAAGCUUGUAGCAUUAGCUCUACUAUUUUGUCUGAUUCUUUCUUUUUCUGUAUUUGCUGAGGCUUCACUGCCCAGGUUAUUAAAACAUAAGCUCAAACCCAAACCCAAACCCAAAAAGUCAAUAGUUGGUGUUGGGUUUUAUUCAAGAACAUGUCCACCUGCUGAGGCUAUUAUAAGAAAAGCUGUAUUCAAAGCUGUUUUGAUGAAUCCUAGUUUUGCUGCUGGUCUUAUUCGCAUGCAUUUCCAUGACUGCUUUAUCCGGGGCUGUGAUGGUUCAGUGUUGCUGGAUUCGGUUAAAGGAAAGGAAACAGCUGAGAAGGAUAGUCCCAUUAACAACCCAAGCCUUCGAGGCUUUGAGGUUAUUGAUGAAGCAAAAGUAUUACUGGAAAAACUAUGUCCGCGCACAGUUUCGUGCGCGGACAUUCUUGCCUAUGCUGCCAGAGAUAGCGCCCUGUUCGCUGGCGGCAUAAACUAUGCUCUACCAGGAGGACGUCGCGAUGGUCGUGUCUCGUUGAGCUCUGAAGUCAUCCAGAACCUUCCACCACCUUUCUUCAAUGCCAAUCAACUUCAAGACAACUUUAAAAGAAAAGGAUUGUCACUUGAUGAAAUGGUAACUCUAUCAGGGGCUCACUCCUUUGGUAUCACACAUUGCUCUUCAUUUUCUAAUAGGCUUUAUGGUUUCAAUGCUACACAUCCUCAAGAUCCUUCACUUGAUCCUAGAUAUGCUUCAUUCUUGAAACACAAGUGUCCUAGACCAAUUAGUGACACCCUAGUUGAUCCAACGGUGAAUCUUGAUGUUACAACCCCUAAACACCUUGACAACAAGUAUUAUCUCAGUUUGAAGAACCAUAGGGGAUUGCUGACUUCUGAUCAAACAUUGUUUGAAAGUCCUUUAACUUCUAAGUUGGUGAUGAAUAACGUUAAGCAUGGAUCGACUUGGGGACGUAAGUUUGCUACUGCAAUGGUUCAUAUGGGUUCCAUUGAUAUCCUCACUGGUAAAAAGGGGGAGAUCAGGAAGAAUUGCCAUUUCGUCAACUAAUUUAAUUGGCUUCAUUUAUUGUAUGUUAAAAUUUCUGUGAGAUUUUGAAUUCUUUUCCUUCUUAUUCCUACUACAUUGUGAUGAUUGUUCAAUGUAAUGUAAGUACCAGUUGUAUCAUUCCAUAUGCUUACCAAAAGAGAACACUUUAAAGG